UCGCAGGCCCCAAGAAAGCUUGCGUCAAAGUUUCUUCAAAAUUUCCCCAAUUUAUUUAAAAGAAUUUCCUUUUGGUUUUUUGCUUCAAAAUAUUGUCCCUUUAGCAAUGGGAAAAAAUUGCGUGCGAUAGCUCUCUAAUCGUAUUCUCUCGAUGAUAACAACUACCGAUCAAAAUCGGGUCUCUGUCAUCGAGGAUGUCCCACGACGACGUCGCUUAUAGUUGUGGCUCAUGUGGAUAUCCUUUGAAUUUGACUUCUUCUAAACAAUUGUCAUCGUCCAAAAACUCUGUUCAGAGAAGGUCUAACAAGAAGGACAUGCUUUAUUUUCCGGUGGUCGAUCUGAGUCGAUUCACUCAGGUCGACGAGUUGAGUUGUUUCCCGUUCAGCCUGAGUUGCUACAAGUCGAAAAUCAAACUUCUCUGUCGAAAAUGUGGAAUUCAUAUCGGCUACGGAUACGGCCAAUUUGGUGUUUUGUGUGGAUCAGAUGCUGACAGUGUUCCGUCUUCUUCUUCUUGUCAAAAGUAUAUUAUCAAGGUUAGAGCCGUUCAACCUUCAGAGCAGUGAUUUUCUAUUCCAAAUGAUUGUUGGAAGAUUUUCAUACAUACCACGCAAUUUUUGUUUAUUUACAUAUAUAUCUAACACAUGAACUUCAAUUUUUACGGACAUGACACCUUACCUUUGUACGAAAAGGUGUAUUUCAUUUUCACG